UACCAGUUGUGGCGCCGAUGGUGUAAACUCUCAAUUAUUGGGCUGAACCAUGUCUGGUGCAUUGCCCCCAGGGGUUAAUGGGAGGGGCAGUUUGGUUCCCUCACUAUAAUAAUAAUGAGAAAAGGCCCAACUCACACACAGACAGUGGGACAUUCAUGUUAAACAGGUGCCUGAGGGAGUGAGGCUGCACCUUUAUUGUGUUACAUAGUUUCCCCCCAGGGGGCAAAUGAAGGCUCCACCCUCUCGUUAUCCCAUGCUAAUUACCUGCCUUUGAUAAACAUGUGACUAUGCUAAUGAAGGGCGUUAGAGUACAGGAACCCAUCAGCCUUCCUUUCCAUAUUGUGGGAGGAACCUUUUCCCCCAAACAAAGGCCCCGCCCAUAGGGGGUGGGAUCCAAAAUGGGCUAAAAAGCUGCGGGAAUGAGAGCUGAGUUAGUUUGGGGAAGAGACGUGUGGGUACAGGGUACAGGGGCUCUGCAGGCUAAUGAGGAGACUCUGCCCAAGGACAGAAGAGGCACAGAAGCCCCAGAAGCUGACAAUUCUCUGAUUCUUUGGAUAAAGACAAGAGGCCAUUAGACCGUGCAACUUCUCCAACACCAGGAAAUACACACAUUGGAGAGAAGAAUCUGUAUCCGACUGAGAAAAAGCUUUAGUGCAAUGAGCAUUCCCAACUCCCAGAUGGAACUUCCCUCAGUGGCACAACAUGAAUGCCCAGAAUUUGGGAAAAGAUUCUCAGAAAAAAACAAACUUACUAUUCAUUUCAGAGUUCACACCGGGGAGAAACCAUUCAUGUGCACGGAAUGUGGGAAAAGUUUCAGGCAAAAGCAGUUCCUUACAGAACACCAAUUAAUUCACACAGGGGAGAAACCAUUCAUGUGCACGGAAUGUGGGAAAAGUUUCAGGCAAAAGCAACGGCUUACAGCACACCAAUUAAUUCACACAGGAGAGAAACCAUUCAUGUGCACGGAAUGUGGGAAAAGUUUCAGGCAAAAGCAACGGCUUACAGCACACCAAUUAAUUCACACAGGGGAGAAACCAUUCAUGUGCAUGGAAUGUGGGAAAAGUUUCACGCAAAAGCAAUUCCUUACACAACACCAAUUAAUUCACACAGGGGAGAAACCAUUCAUGUGCAUGGAAUGUGGGAAACGUUUCAGGCAAAAGCAUCAGCUUACAGCACACCUAUUAAUUCAUACAGGGGAGAAACCCUAUGCAUGUACAGAAUGUGAUAAACAAUUCAAUAAAAGGAGUAGCCUUCUCAGCCACCAAAGGAUUCAUACAGAGGUAAAACCAUUUGUGUGCAUGGAAUGUGGGAAAAGCUUCUCCGACAAGACCUACUUUCAGAGGCACCAGAGAAUUCACAUGGGGGAGAAACCAUUUUCUUGCACAGAAUGUGGGAAAUGUUUCAUCACAAAAAGCCAUCUUAUCAACCAUUACAAGGUUCACACAGGGGAGAAACCAUUUUUUUGCACAGAAUGUGGGAAAUGUUUCACCACAAAGACCAAGCUUAGCGGCCAUUACACGGUUCACACUGGGGAGAAACCCUUUGCUUGCGCAGAUUGUGGGAAAAGUUUUGUUUCAAAGGGAAACCUUACUGUACACCAGAGAACUCAUGUGCGAGAGUAACUUUCAUGUGUAGGGAAUUCGGGAAACCAUAUACUGCAAAGUCCAACCAGCAACACCGUCAUCCCCACAAGGGAGAAACCAUUCACUUGCACAGAAUGGGGUUUCCCCAAUAGAAGGUUUCAUCUCCUCCCCCAGAACAUUCAUACAGGGGAAGAGAUACAGUCACUGAUUUCUCCUCCAUAUUCUCCCAUUCCAACAUUGCCUAUUGGCCAUUGGAGCUGCCAAUCAUAUCUGUAGGUACCAACCCACACACUAUGGGGUUAUUUGUAUGUAAAAUAUAUUCCUCAAUAAAUGUAAUGCAAUAUUUCA